AUGGAGACACUCGCUGACCUUUGGGAUGCUUUACCUAGGGAGAAAAGGUUAUUUGACUCCAUCGAGGCCCCUCCAGCCAAGGCGGCAGCGCCUGCCACUCUCUCCUCCUUGCCCAUCGAAAUCCUGCACCUCAUCCUCGCACACUGCAACAAUCAGGACAUA